AUGGCUGCUACGAAAUUUAUAGGAAAGAUCAAACGGCAUCGUCUAGGAUUCUGCGCAAAAGUCUGCCUGGUGGCCUUUCUGGGGCUGGUCUUCACCGGCAUAUGGUUCGCGCUGUCGUCUCCCUCAUCCGCAGUGUCCAACCGGAGAACCAGCUUCGGCGAUGUUGCCGAGCAAGCAGGAAUCAGGGGGAAGGAAUCUGGUGCGUUCCGCAAGCCCACUUCCCCCGCGGCUCGAACGCCCGCUGCAACUACUCGUGCUCCGGUUUCUUCUGGGAAUCAGUCCCCGCCCGCGAAAGAAGAGAGAGAAGAGACUAUUCGGGAGAAUGGUGGGAAUGACGAGAAUUUGAAGGCAGAUGAACCGAAGAGUCCGGAGGAGGAAGAAGGUGGAGAAAGGGAAGACAACGCGGAGAUAGAAGAACAGACCAAUGAAGAGGAAGACAUUGCCGAUAGAGAUCCGGAAGACGGCGUCGGUGCGGACGAUGGAGAAGAACCCACCGAGAAUGAGACGUCUGGCAAAGGGAUCGGUAAUGAGAAACUGGGACCCCUUUUCGAUCCGACGGCCCAAUACAGCUGGAAAUCUUGCGCGGCGAAGAAGGGACCGCACUACAUUCCUUGUAUCGAUCUCGAAGUCGCUGGAUCUGGAAAAUUUCAGGGCCAUCGUCAUCAUGAGAGGAGCUGUCCGAGACCGCCUCCAAUGUGCUUAGUUCCUCUUCCUCCAGACUACAAGCCGCCUGUCUCUUGGCCCGAAAGCCGAUCUCAGGUACACCACUUCUCUUUCGGAAUCCUCCUCCAUCUUUCUUGCGUGGGAUACACCUGUGAUCAUCAACUUGGUUUCUGCAGAUCUUCUUCCCAAAUGUGGCUCACCCGAUGCUCUCCGCCUACAUGAAAGGUCACAGAUGGCUGAGACUUGAUGGUGACCUUCUUCUGUUUCCUCGCAACGAGUCUAUUCUCCAGGAUGGUGGUGCCCAGUUUAUCGAUUUCAUCGAAGAGGUGAGCCCAUCCAACCUGCCUGUUUGAUAGCCCCUCGUCUGCAAUUAUCUACGGCACCACAUGCCCUAUGAGGAAGAAAAUUAGAACAAUCUCACAAAGUUUCUUCUCAUCUCUUUGGUGGAAAAAUUUCUGUUCUAGUCAGACAGUGCCGGAUAUCGACUGGGGGAAGAAUAUCCGCAUAGUCUUGGACAUUCAAUGCACCGACUCCAGCUUCGGGGCCGCCCUUCUCGAGAAGGAGGUGCUGACUAUCUCUCUAGGGCUGAUGGGGGAUCAGACAGACCUGGCUCAGCUCGCCCUCGAGCGUGGCUUCCCUGCAGUAGUCGGAAACUUGGGCAUAAGACGGCUCCCCUUCCCUAGCGGAGUAUUUGACGCCAUACAUUGUGGCGACUGCAGCAUCCCCUGGCAUUCAAAAGGUGGUCACUGAUUUACCAAUGCAGUAGCAAUGUGGCGUUCAAACUUCUUCUUGUGGGUUUUGAGAGUGGGCCACUGUGUCGUCGUGAUCCAGGUGGAAGGCCGCUCUUGGAGAUGAACAGGAUUCUCAGACCUGGAGGCUACUGCAUCAUGUCGUUUAAACAUGGAGAUAUUGAAGCUGAAGAAGGUGCGGUUCUUGAUUGAUGAUUUCUCUGGAUGUUCUCUAAAGCUAUUACCAUUAAGCAAAAAAUUCGAUAAUAAAGCUAUAAUCCUCAAUCGGAUUUCAGGGUAUUCUGCUAUGGGAUUUCUGAUAGUUUGUGAUGAUGUUUGUGGUUGUUCUCUGGAGUUUUGAUCUUGGUCAUAUCAUUUUGAUGGCAGCCAGUCAGAAGGCGUCCAAACAGUAGAACCUAAAGCAAAUAUAUUUGUUGCGUUCCUCAAAAUUAUCCGUGGAUGAGUCAACGGCUGAAGAGCAUGAAUUCAACUGGACUCUAUUUUUUAUUAAAAGAUCAUAUCUUCAAAAUUUCUGAAAGAUUAUUCCUGAAUGUAAACACUCACCUAAGGCCCAUAGAAAUGAAAAUGAAUUUUGUACUGAAUAAUGCAUCUUUUUUUUAUGAAAAUGAAUCCUGGAUCAUUGCUGAUGAUGAACAUUACGAUGGAUUUAUUUUCCUUCAAUGAUUCAUGGUCUUCUGCAUCAUGGUGCUUCUAUUUUCAGGCAUGUCUGCAUCGAUAGACUCUAUCUCCUGGAGUGUCCUGGCCCAUAGAAAUGAUGAGGACAGCGACUUGGGUGUCAAAAUAUAUCAAAAACCAUCUUCAAAUGACGUGUAUGAGUUGAGAAGGACAAAGAACCCUCCCUUGUGCCAGGAAAACGAAAACCAGGAUGCUGCUUGGUAUCUUUUAGUAACAUCAGUCUGGUAUAAUAUAUGUGUAUCUUUACCUUGUUGACUUUUACGAGAUUUCUCCACAAUAUCGAUAUCUCCAGGUAUACUCCAAUCGCGGCGUGCCUCCACACAAUCCCAGCUGCCAUCGAAGAACGUGGCACAGACUGGCCUGAGGACUGGCCCAAGAGGCUCGAGCAUUUUCCCGAAUGGCUGGCCGACUCCCAGGAAAGAAUCCUCGCAGACGCCAAACGAUGGAGAGAGACCCUCAACAGAUCCUACCUCAGCGGGCUGGGCGUCGAUUGGUCAAAAGUUAGGAAUGUAAUGGAUAUGAGAGCCAUCUAUGGAGGGUAUGCAUCUGAUACUGAAGCUUACUUUCUCUGCAAAAAGAUGUGAUCGUAUGGGGGGAUGCAAGUUUUUCAGUCGAAUUGACUUUAGAUCCAUCUGUGCAGAUUAGCGGCGGCUCUGGCUCCCUACAAGGUCUGGGUGAUGAAUGUGGUUCCAGUUCAUGGUCCGAACACUCUUCCCGUCAUCUUCGAGCGCGGUCUCCUCGGCGUAUAUCACGAUUGGUGCGAGCCUUUCAGCACGUUUCCCAGAUCCUACGACCUCCUCCAUGCCGACCAUGUGUUCUCGCGGCUCAAGAAAAGGUACGGUCCCGGGAUUCUCCGCGCUUAAUGACUGCUGAUUCUCCUGAGAUGAACUGGUUGGUUCCCCUACUUCCCCUUCGGUCUUCAGGUGCAGGCAUCCCGUUGGCAUCGUGGCCGAGAUGGACCGGAUUCUGAGGCCCGGUGGCUGGGCGAUCAUCCGAGAAAAGCUGGAAAUAUUGCGUCCUCUCGAAGAGAUUCUGCGCACAUUGCAUUGGGAGAUCAGGAUGACGUACUCCAAGGACAGCGAGGGCAUCGUCUGUGCGGAGAAGACGACUUGGCGGCCGUGA